UAACAUUGUAAGUUGCUUUGGAGAAAAGCGUUAGAUAAAUGAGAAAAUGUAACCCGUGGAGAAAACUGGCAAUGUCCUGCAAAUAUUUUUUACAAAAUUGCCAGAUUCAGUCAGAUCUUGAAAUACUGCAAGAUUCAUAUUAUGAUUGUUUUUGGGGGGUGGGGGUAUUACCCUCACGAUACCCUAAAAGCCCCCUAGUAAGCAAUGUGCCUGUACACUCUGCAAAAGCUCAUUUGGACACUUUAUUUUUUUUUAUUUUUUUAAAAAAAAGGGUCCAUCCCAGAUAGAAAAAAAACGGUGAAGGGUGGAGGCAAAAGUGAGAAUGUGUGAUAUUCACUCAUGUCGCGGGAUUCAAAAAUUCUGUUUGAGAGGCAGCCUUUCAUGUGCGGAGCUGCAGCCUAAGCUCAGCGCUCAAUAGCAGGACCCCCAAGAGCACAGGCCCAGCCAGAGCCAGGCAGAGGAAGGCAGGAAAAAGAGAGAGAGAGAGAGAGAGAGAGCGAGAGAGAGAGAAAAAAAGAAAGUAUGCGCACGGAAUCAUGCGAGGCAAAAGGCGGGGAAGUGUGUGGGGGGGGGGGUCGUUAACCCAUUCCACCUUUUCCUCCCUACUGUCUACUGUAUGGUAAAGGGUGCGUGCGUGCGUGCGCGCGCAGGAUCUCCCUCCUGCAUGCGGACCGCACACACCAAACUACGUACGCAAUCCACGCGUGCGCUGGAAAUCGGACAGCACGUGUCCAGCGAGUGUGCCUCGCGCGCCGCUCCGAAGAGAGCACGCGCGCGCACGCACACAACCGCCGGCCGACUGUACUUGCCGAUUUAUACUGGUGCUGUUUCGUGACCCUUCCCUUGAAACGACACACGGCAAAUAAAGAUGUUUUAAAAAAGAAAAAAAAUUAAAAGAGGAAUUAAUCAGGCAAGCGACGCGGUUCGAACCGUUCCGCAGCACGCACGUUCCACCUCACUCGCAACAAGUAAAGCAGCGCCGCGCGCGCCCGCGUGCCGCCGUAGCGGAGUGAAUGGACGGGGUGACGCAGAGGAAAUACCUCACAGCGCGAGGAGGGAAAAGAAUAAAUCGCGAGGCGGAGGGAGCGAGUGCGCGAGAGCGCUUCCAGCCAAGGAUUGAGCGCGUGCUCUGUGCACCAGCGGCCCGCGUUACGGGAGCGGCUUCCUUCCCCCCCUCCCCCCCUUCCUCCUCUGCUCUUGACAAGGUGCAAGCAUCAAAAGUAAAUCGUAACUUGGUUUUGCGGACUGGAGAUUUUUUUUUUUUUUUCCUCGGUUGAUUUUUUUGAGACUAUGUUUUCCUUGCAUCUUUUCCCCCCUCCCUUCCUCUCUUCUCUCCGCCGGGAUAAAAGUGCAUGUCGCAAGCUCGCGCGUUAGCUAACGCAUUCUCUUCCGUUUUUCUUCUCUUUCCUCAGUCGCGGUAGAUGUCAGUGGAUUAAUUCAACCCUGGAAAGGAAGAAAACGUUGUUGUGCAAAUAGACACGUUGCACUACUAUUUCGCGUGACGCGUCCAACCGAGCAAUAUUACUUUCCAAGUGCUCGAUAAUAAAGAAGAUAAAGAUUUUAACGGAUUUCAAAAUAUCGAGAAAAAAAAAAAACUUGCUACUUUCCAAGGAUCUUUCUCGCUGCUGGAAGGGGCGUGAUCGUGAGGCAACAUAGCGCAUUCCUUGCGGAUUUCUGGUUUUCUUUUUUUUUUUUUUUUUUUUUUUCUUGUGCAGCAUUGGAUCACGUUUUUCUGCACCGUGAAGUAAGUUUUUUUUUUUUUUUUUUUUUUUUUGCAAGAGAAACAACUUACUUCGCACGAGGAAAGGAAAAAAAACAAAAAAAAAAAAAAAACGGUUGCGCGGAAACGCACGCACGCGCGCACAUUUCACGCCCGAUGCGAGCUUUUUUUUCUCGGGUGAUGUUCGCACGCGCGAUUUGAUCGCGGCAAUAAGAAAGAAAAUGCAUUUUAUUUUAAUGGUUGCAGUUAGAAAAACGGAAUAGGUAUAAUCGAGGGAAGGGGGGUGGAUCGCAAAACAGCCCAAGAACUGCGAAGAAAGAUCGCCGCGAAAAGGAAUUGCCGUCGGCGGCUGCAGAUUCAACCACCAGAAUUCGGAAAGGGAUUCGGAUUGUUGGAACUGGACGAAGUUGAGGGGACAGAAUGCGUCCUUCUUCGUGUUCCUUCUGAAACGCCUGCCUGGGUUUCUCGAACCGCUUCGGGCUUCGGGGCCGUCAUGGCAAACGAGGGCGCGUACGACAGCCGGGACAUCGUGGAAGUGUACCUGUACCACAAGCUGCUCAAGACGGGCUAUGUGUGGGAAUUCCGCGCCGCCGCCGCCGCCGACGCCGAUCCCUCCAAUAACGGAUUAACGGACUCCGGCUCGCCCGGCUUGCCCGGGUCGCCCGGCUCCCAGGUGGUGGCACGGAGGUCGCAGGCUGCCGGGGCCGCGGACGCAGAGGACGCGCCCCUCUCCCGCAGCCGCGCGCCCCACUGCGACCCCCGCUGCGACCACCACGCCGCACUGCACCGGGUCCUGCGCGAGGCGGGCGACGAGAUCGAGCGGAUGUACCAGCGGGACUUCGCGCAGAUGCCCGAGCGGCUGCACUUCACGCCCAGCACGGCGCAGCGCAAGUUCACGGCCGUCAUCGAGGAGCUCUUCAGCGACGGCGUGAACUGGGGGCGCAUCGUGGCCUUUUUCGAGUUCGGGGGCACCAUGUGCGUGGAGAGCGUGAACCGGGAGAUGACGUCCCAGGUGGAUAACAUUGCGCGCUGGAUGACGGAGUAUCUAAACGGACCCCUCCGUAACUGGAUCCAGGAAAAUGGAGGAUGGGAUGCCUUCGUGGAGCUCUACGGGCAGCAGAGGGGCUCCGUGUUCCGCUGUUCCUGGCCGUACAUAAAGACCGUUUUCGGUCUGGCCGCUUUGGGAGCGGCCGGCGUCACCAUCGGGGCGUACCUCACCCACAAGUGAGAGGGGGUCCGACCCCGGUCCGGCCCGGCGCCGCAUCCCCCUUCGGAGUCCUCGCUUCUCCACAGCCUUUCCUGCUCCCGGGGUCCCAGAAUGCAUCACACUCUACAGACCUGUCAAACACACACACACACACAGCUUAGGAUAUGGAAACUUAGAGGAGCUUCACAAAGGGGGGAAAUUAACCACAAAUAUAGUUACCGUGCAAAGUCACAGAGUUUCGUGGAAAGUACAGCUACACUUGUUUUUAUUUUUUUAAUGCCAGCAUGAGUCCGUGACGUGUGUGUGUGUGUUAGUGACAGAGAACUGUGCGGUGCUAAUGUACAUACAGCUGCCGGUGCCUCCGGGGGGUGGGGGUGUUUCAGAACCGGUCACGUUAGGCCUCGCUACGCUGCCACGACCGCCCCGGAUCCCAGCCCCCGGAGCCCUCGAUCGUGGUGCCGUCCCUCCCUUCAAACCCACGCAGAGGCAAAGCGACUGCAAAGCUCUUCUUCUCCGCGGCUGUCCGCGUUAUCGAAAUAGAGGGGUGGGCCCAUAACUCGACCGUUGAUUUUACAUUUAUGCUUUUGAUAGCGAAAGGGGAAAUUUCCGCCCCCCUCCCCCGACUUAUUUUCAAGUAAAAUCGUUUUCCCCAGCAGUAUAAUUGCCUUUGAAGUUGGAGAGUCCGUGACCGACUCGAUGUGCUCUUGGACCCGGUUUAGCAAAUUAAUGCCACAAUAAAAUGCAUUAUUUUUUCCAGCUACCGACUAUGGCGUGCGAGAGCGUGAACCGCACAGCCGGCCCUUAAAUAAAGUCAGAGAGGAGAGCAGAGCUGGUCUCCCAAUUCCUUCUGCCCCCGCUUUCCUCCCUUGUUGCUUUACAGUAAACCCUCGGUACAUCCAGGGCCUCGCCGCUGGGAUUCGAACCCGCGUGCGCCCGGUACCCAGUCCUGCCCGGCAAGGUCCCCUCCGCCGAAACGGCAGCUUUGCAAGAGCUUUAUUCCUGGCCGAGUAUCGCCGCCUCUGCGGGCGGUGAGCGGCGCGCGUCUCCCAUCGCUCCCAUCAUGCACCUCGCUUCAGCCCGUGAGCUGCUCUGCUCAUCCCUUUGCCUAACAAGUGAGGGAGAACUGAACCCACCCCCGCCCUCUGUGUUUUAGGCAGCAGCUGCUUAUUGCCUGUCAUCAGCUUAUGGUUUUGUGCGCUUCCCGAAAUCUCCCAAGGCUACUAGCAGAAGUUAUCUGGUGCGGCACAGCCUACUGUUGAAUUAAAUAUAUAUGUGCAGCAGUGUUACUCCUCCUCAAUCCCGAAAGUGGGGCCGCGCAGACGAGCUCGUGGGGGGUCUCGCUCGAGCCGGCCGGAUGGCGCGACGCCGCAAAUGCCGCCCGGCCCGCGGAGCCAGGAAACCCCGGCCCCGGUGCGAGGAGGGACCGUCUGUCCGGUUUCCGGCCCGGGGACGGCGUCAUCCAUCAUCCGGCCCCGAGUAACGUACGGGGGUUUGUUCCUAUGGAACGGGGGUGUCGACCCCCUCGCCCUGCCCCCAGGCCGCCGCCGCCGUCGCCGCCGCCACCCCCCAACCCCCCGGGACAAAGACCGAAUGACCAUCCUCAGCUGUUACUGUGUACAGGAAGACCUGGACCUGAAGGCAGGAUGCCGUAUUUCACGUACGAUGACCCAUUAUAACCGCCCUUUUGUUACCCCUGGCAAAUGGCUUAUUUAUGACUUUUGUAAAAACUUUUAUUAUUUAAACACACUUGUGAGUUGUGAUUUGUGUACAGUUUAAAAACAACGGUCAUGCUUGUUAUGUCUGUAUAGCUUGUAUCGGUUGUGGGGAAGAGAGCAGGUCCAGAGGCGGGUAACUCGUGGGUUCGAAUUGCUGCAGUGUUUCCCCAGGGGCCAACGGCAGCGGGGCUGCACGGCUGAACCGGUGUCACCAGAUGGUACCGGGCUCAAAUCCCAGUACGAGCACCGUCCUUUUACCCUGGAGGGGCACCAGAGUGGAGUUGGUUCAAGAAACGGCGAGAUGUAUAAAUGGGUAAAAUAUUGCAUGAAGUCAAAAGUUACAUUUGCAAAUAAUAGACUAAAUGUAGAAGCAGAGGCGUCCAGCAAUGAGCCUUUACCAGCCAGAAGAUCCCUCUCUUCACCAGGAUCCCCCCCCAGAAGCAGGAGGACACGAUUUUCACAAUUUGUUCUCUAACCAGACAGAGCAACCUUGGUGUUAAUGUCACUCUUCUAUACAGGGAGGUCCAGUGCAGUUUUUUAAAAAUAGUAUUUCUCCUAGCUGAUGUUUUACUCUGUGCCAGUUUUUUUUUUUUUUUUUUUUUCAAGUUUACA